UCGAAAAUCGUGUAAGCUUUUCUGUUUAAUAUUCCUACACGACUAGGCUACACCUACCCGGCAUAUGCCUAUUGCAGGCUGAACUUGAAACGCUACUAAAUCCCGUAAACUCCGUGGUGUGGUUGAUUUUUUUAUUAAUUUACCCACAUUUACAAAAGUUUAGUAGUCUAAAUAUUUUAAUUGUAACAGAUGGUCGCCUAUACUGCUACAUUGUGCUAAGUGGAAGAAGAGAACGUUGCUUAUCAAAUGACGAAACUGUUCCCGCGCACUGUCUGAACAAACGCUUUACUAUUAAUGAACCAAAAGAAGGACGAUAUCCAGACCAAGUUUCAUCAUUUGAAAAUGGGCGGGAAGUUUACAUAAAAGUCUGAACAAGCAUCUCUCCAAAUGUCAUUGGAUAACCUAACGUUGUCAGAAUAUUUUUUCUUCUCUUUCUCAUCCGGGACUGGUGAGAGAGCAAAUCGGCAAUCAGACGCUACAAAGUUGCAAGCCCUUAUCGAAACGGCAGCCAUGGAUACAGUUGCAGGACAAAAGCAACGCUUUUGAGAGCAGCAGACCAGCAUUUUGGGGAGUUGCACCUGUAGGCUAACCUAUAUUGUCAGUCCCAGAGUGAAGUAGACUAUCGAACGGAGUAGGCUGUCUAUGAAACAGAAUAGUUUAAUGGGUUUUUACUCAAGGUCGAAUUGGACAUUGAAUGUGAGUUGUAGCCUAAUGCGUUGUAACUGUUGGAUGAUAUCAUUUCAUGGACAUACCCCCCCACCCCCUCUCUCUGCAUUUAGAAUACAUUAUCAGGCUAUAGGUUAAAAUCUAAUGAGGGUAGGCUAUGCUACCUGCAGAGUUGGGUAAAUCAUCUGGAAUAACACCGGUCUAGCCUAUAGAUAAACAUGGGGAAUAUCCAUGAACUUUAUUUUAGAAUCUCAAAUGUUACCGACUGCACGUGAACGGGGUUCAAUAAUAAGUAUGAACGUCAACUCUGCAGCUGGGCGAUUGGAAUUAGUUUGACAUUUUUCAACUUCGUGCGUCUUGGUCCACUAUUGAUUGGAAAUCCCAAACACCAAUCCAACGUGAUGAAAAUCUAUAUUUUUAAGGAAGGUGAUGAUGACCAUGAAUUUGAGUUAGAAAUGGCGUGACAUCCCUGUUGUUUUCCGUGCCGAAGCGAGUUGUUACAGUGGGAUGGCAUUAAAAAGGGAGGCGGACCCUGGCAGUGUAGCCUACCAAUUUCUUUCAGAGGGCUACAGACUAUUUACUACACUUUAGCAGUGCCUUGUGUCACAACCAAGAUUUACAACCAAAAUCAAGCACAUACAGAGGAGGCCUAUAUCAAGGUUUUUAACCUGUAUUAUAUAACCCUAUUCUCUUUAUUGUUUUCGUCCACCAAGAAUGACUGGAGAGGCAAACAGACUGAGCAGUGCAUCUGCGAGAGGAGACUUGGCAGAAGUUGAGAUGUUAUUACAGAACGGAGCAGAUGUUAAUGCAAACAAUGUAUUCGGCAGGACACCGUUACAGGUGAUGAAACUUGGUAACCCAGCCAUCGCGGAGGCGCUGCUAAGGGCUAACGCAAAUCCAAAUGUGCGCGACCAUGUCAGGGGUCUCACUAUCACUCAUGAUGCUGCAAGGGAUGGAUACGUGGACACCCUACGCGUCCUGAUAGAUCAUGGCGCAGACGUCAACCUCUUGGACAACGACGGCAAUCUUCCAUUGCAUCUAGCCGCAAGAGAAGGCUAUCUUGACGUGGUUCAGCUCCUUGUUGGUUGUACGAAGGACGCCGCAAGGCACAACUCCGGAGGCCAUACACCUUAUGAUUUGGCGACUAUGAACAAUAGAAUAUCCAUUGCGCUAUACAUUCAGGCGCACAUGAAUUUAUGAAUAUACAUGGGACAAUCCUGGCUGGGAUAAAGAGGUGGAGAGAGAGUAGCAAACAUGUAAUCUACCUCUCCUUUGUUACAAUGUGUUUGGAUGUUUUCAGACAUGAUAGCCUCAAUUUCAACCAUAAAGACUAUCAUGAACUCAGGUCGAGUUACGUUUCCUUGUAACCUGAUAAGAACACAUUCCAUAUAGGUUUUGACUCCAGUUUGCUCCAUUGCGAAACAAAUGUGACAAGAUUAUAUGCCACUGGAACUAUAACAAUAAUUUUAAUCCAUUAAAAACUUUUAGGCCCACAACAUUUCCUUAACAACUCAACAUCUCGAGCGGCAACAUGAUCUUGCGUUUUGGGAUGUUGCCUAAUGUAAGCAUAAUGGCUGGUUAAAGUGAAGAGGAAUUUGUCUUUCAAUUCAAUCCCAAUAAUAUAAUAACUGAAUUUGAGAUGGGUUUAGUAGGCUAUACCGACCAUUUCAAAUGAAACGAGGAACAACAUUGUAUCGUUUAACUUCUCUAGACUGUAACAAUUUAAAAAUAUGACCCUCUUCAUCCAUUGUACUCUUAUGCACCAUAGCAAAUGUCUUAUUUUGUCCCAUUUGCAACGGUUAAUUAAACUCAUGAUAUUUUGAUUAAAAAGCUGUAGCCUAUACCUUUCUUCUCCUUUUCCAUGCAUACCAUUGGUAAUAAAUGACCAAUCUAAUGGUAGCCUGACUGAUAUGGCGAUUCUCUUCGAUUUUAUUUGCACUUUGUAAAUAGGGAAACAAGUACAUUUUGUAAUGAACUGUGAAAGCAUGCGUUUGCUAAAAUUGACGUUUUAUUUUGUACCAAAGACAGCAACUGACUACAGGUCUGCAUUGUUUAACCUGUUUGUUUCAUUUUCUGAUUGGCGUGUCAGGUCAAAAUUAGGUUGAAAUAGAAUGUAGACGGCCGUCAUUUUUCUGUAUUGUCUUUUAUUUGAAUAUUGCUAAUCAAUGUUUUGCACUGUUGUCAUUUGUGAGACGAAUAAAUUCAGUUGUCCACUGAU